AUGCCAUCAGACUCGUAUCGUCCCUUGGAGAAGAUUCUAUCUUUCCCUCCCACUCCCACUCCCACCCUCAUGGCCGCCUACCUGGCACCGGAACGCUGUGCAGAGUCUCUCCAUCGAAAGGUCCCGGCAUUCAGAGAAGAAAAGAAAGGAAGAAGAAACGAGGGGGGGAAGCAUCGGUUUGAAAGACAACGCGUGGAUCCCGUCAUCCACCGUCUCCCGUUUGGCGGUCAUCUUGGCCGAGCUAGCGGGGGCUCAGCGUGGGAGAUCCGAGAUGCCGACAUCGGUUUGCGCCUCAUCUCUAUCCACCAGGUCAGGGAACGCCAGGAUGCGCUGGGCAGGAUUUGGUUUGGUGGACAGAACAUUGGGAGCCGGCACGCCUGA